AUGAAGUCAACCGCGUUCUUAACUCCGGUGGCCUUGAUCAUGGCCAUGACGGUCCAAGAUGCUUCUGCCCACGGCCGUCUGCUCGUGCCUCCGCACCGUGGCUACAUGGGCAAACUUCCCCAAUUCAGUGCUCUUGUUCCCACCAACUUCGAAGACCAUGGCCUCAACGCUGGCGGCAUUGGCCAAACCAGGGGCGGCAACCACGGGAUCUGCGGCGACAGGUACUCUGGAAAGCGCUUGCACGAGACUGGCGGUAAAUACGGCAAGUUCCCCCAACAUCGCGAAAAGGUCAUCGGGGCCUGCUACGCCCCCGGGUCCACUAUGGACCUUCAAGUCCAGAUCACGGCAAACCACAAGGGGUACUUUGAGUUUGGGCUGUGCAAACUGAACUCGCUCGACGACAAGGAAACGGAAGAUUGCUUCAAGACGCUUGUCCAGCCCAACGGCGAAAAGGACUGGCAAUUGCCAGCGGGGGCCAAGACCUUCAACAUGCAGUACAUGCUCCCCGAUGGCGUGUCGUGCGACGGCGACUCCCACUGCGUGCUUCGGUGGCACUACGUCGGAUGGAACAACCCGGAUGUGGGUAUCGACGGCCAAGAGCAGUUUUGGAACUGCGCCGACAUUUACGUGAGCAACACGUGCGGGUCCAGCCCGUCGCCUAGCUCGUCCCAGUCCACGCCUAGCACGUCCACGCCUUCGACGUCCAAGCCGGCCAUGACCAACGACCCCAAACCCACUGCCCCCUCGUCCAGCACUGACACCCCUGUGACCACGGACACCCCUCCGUCCACCUCUGGCGCCCCCCAGCCAGUGGACCCCCAGUGUGGCGGGUGCACCAACUGCUACUUCGCAGGCAACAAUGGGUGCUUCAUUGGGUGGAACAAAGAGCAAUGUGACUCCACGG